AUGGUCACCACCAUGUCCCCGUCUUCGGGCGCCUCCACCCCCAAGGACGCUUACUACGAGGAACCACUCUAUCGCAACUCGGCAGAUGAGAAUACCCCCUGGCUCAUCCAAAAAUAUGGCGGCACCAGCGUCGGCAAGUCGCUCGACUCCAUCACAGAGAUCGUAGAACAUGCUCUCCACGACAAGGAAAACUCGCUUGCCAUUAUCGAUCACAUCAUACCGUCACCCCGUGCGCGGGAGGAUAUGAAAAAGAGCCAGCGCGCGUCUGUCACCUGUCAACCGGGCCCGGCAUUCACCGGCUGGUUGCCUCUCGCCGACCUGACCGAUGCACCCAUCUGGCACCGGUUUCAUCGGCCCAUAGCCUCCCCACUGCCCCGCAUUGUCCAGGCCACUAACGCCCAGGUCCUACCUCCCAAACAACAAGGUCGCGAUCGUAUGCAGUGCGCGCAGCACGCAGACCAAGGCGCUCGGCACGACGAAUCUGCUGCUCCAGGCGUCGCGCGAGGCGCUCGCCCCCGCCAGCGCGAGGCAGAACUCGACAGCAUGAUGUCGUCCCUGUCCAGCCUCAAGGACGCCAAGGACGAAUCGAGGUGCGCUUCGCCGUCACCCUUCCAGCCUCUCUCGGGUCGCACUCGCUCGCCCUCGGACAGCGGACCCGACACCCCGACCGCCAAGGAGGAGAGCUUUGAGCCCCGCUUCCACACCACUGUCGACACGAUCAAGCGCGGACACCUCGACGCCGCCCGCCAGGCGCUCCGCCGCGGCCCUCUCCGCGAUGAGCUUGAGGAGGAGAUUGAGCGCGACUGCGAGGCCCUCAGGUCCUUCCUGAGCGCUGCUCAUAUCAUUGACGAGAUCUCGCCCAGAUCUCAGGACUCGAUCAUCGGCACCGGCGAGCGUCUCGCGUGCAAGAUUGUGGCUGCCGCGCUGCGCGACCGCGGUGUCGACGCCGAGCUCGUCGUCCUCGACAACAUUGUUGACGCGGCCAUGAGCUCUGUCACCGACUCGGGCCUGACCGCUAGUGGCGACCAGGGCGUGUCGCAGCUGGGCCAGGCGUUCUACGACGAGCUCGCGCAGCGCCUCGGCGAGCGCCUGCGCGAGUGUGGCACGCGCAUCCCCGUCGUGACGGGCUUCUUCGGCCCGGUCCCGGGUUCGCUUCUCGCCCAGAUCGGCCGCGGUUACACUGACCUGUGUGCCGCGCUUUGCGCUGUCGGUACCCGCGCCUCGGAGCUGCAGGUCUGGAAGGAGGUCGACGGCAUCUUCACCGCUGACCCGCGCAAGGUGCCCUCGGCCCGCCUCGUGCCGAGCAUCACUCCUGAUGAGGCCGCCGAGUUGACCUACUAUGGUUCAGAAGUCAUCCACCCCUUCACGAUGGAGCAGGUCAUUCGCGCGCGCAUCCCGAUCCGCAUCAAGAACGUCGAGAACCCCCAGGGACAGGGCACCAUCAUCCUCCCCGACCAGGAGUUCCCCCGCGGCCUCGACACCAAGCCGCCCCAGCAUGACCCGAACCACGAGAGCGACCGCCUCCCCACGGCCGUCACGAUCAAGGACCAGAUUCUCGUGCUCAAUAUCCACAGCAACCGCAAGACCAUCAGCCACGGUUUCCUCGCGCGUAUCUUUGGUACGCUCGACCGCGCGGGUGUUGUUGUCGACCUCAUCUCUACGUCCGAGGUGCACGUCUCGAUGGCGAUGCAGGACUUUGGCAACGCGCGCCGCCUGGAGCGCCUCGUGCGCGAUCUCGAGAAGAUUGGCGAGAUCACCGUGUCGCACGACAUGGCGAUCCUUUCGCUCGUCGGCCGCAACAUGCGCAACGCGAUCGGAAGCGCCAGCGCCAUGUUUGGCGCGCUCGCCCGCGCCGACAUCAACCUCGAGAUGAUCUCCCAGGGUGCGUCCGAGAUCAACAUCAGCUGCGUCAUUGCCAACAAGGAUGCCGUCAAGGCCCUCAACGUCAUCCACGACAGUUGUCUGAACCUGUCCCCGAGCGCGAGCUCUUCGGGCGCUUCGUCCCCGGGCUCGCGCCACAAGGCCCUGACUGCCGACACGGUCAACCCCGUCGUCCAAGCCGUCGAGUACGCUGUCCGCGGCGAGCUGUCGAUCAAGGCGGACGACCUGGCUGCUCAGCUGGCCGGCGAGCUGGCCGGGGGCAACACCCUGCCCUUUGAGCACAUUACGUACUGCAACAUUGGCAACCCGCAGGACAAGGUGCUGGGCCAGCGCCCGCUGACGUACUGGCGGCAAGUCGCCGCGCUCGUCGAGUACCCUGCGCUCAUCACGCACCCCGUCGCGUCGCAGGUCUUCCCGGCCGACGCGCUCGAGAAGGCGUCCCAGCUCGUCGCCGAGUUUGGCUCCAUUGGCGCUUACACUGGCAGCAAGGGCAGCUUGCCUAUCCGCAAGCGUGUCGCGCAGUUCCUCCAGCGCCGCGACGGCUUCCCCGCCGACCCGGACCAGAUCUACCUCACGGGUGGCGCGACCCCGGCCGUCGCCAUGCUCAUGGGCAUUGCGCUGCGUCCGGGCGACGGAGCCCUGAUUCCCAUCCCGCAGUAUCCGCUCUACACUGCGACGCUGGCGCACCUCCAGGCCAAGCCGGUCGAGUACCACCUCGACGAGUCGCGUGGCUGGGCGCUCGACCUGGAGAGUGUGAAGAAGGCCAUCGCCCGCGCCAAGGCGGAUGGCACGCCGCUCAAGAUGCUCGUCGUCAUCAACCCGGGCAACCCGACGGGUUCCUGCCUUAGCGAGGCGGACAUGCGCGCCAUCGUGCAGCUGUGCUAUGACGAGAGCCUGCUGCUCCUCGCAGACGAGGUGUACCAGACCAACGUCUAUGACCCUGCCCGCCGCCCGUUCGCGAGCUUCAAGCGCGUCGUGCGCUCCAUGCCGCAGCCGAUCUGCGACGAGGUUGAGCUCGUGUCUCUCCACUCGAUCAGCAAGGGCGUGUCUGGCGAGUGCGGCCGGAGGGGAGGCUACCUCGAGGCCGUCAACCUGGACAGCGACGUCGAGGACCUCCUACAGAAGAUGGCCUCGAUCUCGCUCUGCGCGCCGACCAGCGGACAAGUGGGCGUGGACCUGCUCGUGUCCCCGCCCGCCGAAGGCAGCCCCUCAUACCAAACGUACAAGGAGGAAGCAGCCGCGAUCCACGACGGCAUGCGCCAGCGCAGCGCGUACAUGGCCGAACGCUUCAACCGGCUCUCGGGCGUGCAGUGCCAGCCAGCAGACGGGGCGAUGUAUCUCUUCCCCACGCUCGAGUUCCCGCCCAAGGCGAAGGAGGCGGCCCGGAAAGCCGGCAAGGAGGCUGAUGUCUUCUACGCCCUCGCGCUGCUCGACGCGACGGGCAUCUGCACCGUUGCCGGAUCGGGAUUCGGACAGAAGGACGGCACGCAUCAUCUGAGAGUGACGUGUCUCGCCCCCGGGGCCGAGGAGAUGAUGGACAAGAUUGAGAGGUUCCACGAGGACUUCAUGAGGAAGUACGCUCCUCAGUCGUCACCGUCGACAUCUCGGACCAAGAAGGAGGGAAAAGGAGAAGUAGAAGACAAGUAA